AUGACGUUGUUCUACGAUGCUCAGCAAUUCACAUUCUUUACUGGUUAUCUGUUCCUUAUUACCGGUAUCAUUGGUAAUGGAAUCAAUAUCCUAGUCUUCUCAAGAGUACGUACUUAUCGUACCAAUCCGUCUACAUUCUAUUUUCUUGUCGGCUCGAUAGUUAAUACUCUUUUCAUAAUGAUUAACUUGACAUUUCGUAUUCUAAACGUAGGUUAUAAUAUUGAUCUCAUUGAUAAAUCAAAUGCGUGGUGCAAAGUACGACAGUAUUUUCUACUUGUUCCAGCUGUAGUAUCCACGACGAUUUCUUGUUUGGCUACAAUAGAUCAAUAUUUGGCUACGUCGAGCAGUGUCGACCUCCGACGUCACAGCCAAAUAAAAUGGGCACAUCGAAUUACGGUGAUUAUGCUUAUCUUUUGGUGUGCACAUGGCAUUCCCGUUUUUCUCUUUUAUGAUCUUUCACCGGUUACGAAGACUUGUACGAACAUGAAUGCUGCCUAUGAUAUUUACAGAUUAGUGUAUCUGAUUGGUAUUAUCUGUAUUAUACCAGUUUCCAUAAUGAUUUUAUUCGGCUGUUUAACGUAUCGUAAUGUUCAACAAAGACUUAAAUGCAUUGAACUACACAUUGAUCAACAAAUAAUCAAGAUGACCUUGAUUCACGUGAUACUGGUCAUUGUUAGUUUGCUACCGUAUGGAAUUUUUAAUAUUUAUAUUUUAAUCACGAGUUCGGUCGUCAAGGAUGUCGACCGACAAGUAAAAGAAUACUUGGCAACUUCAAUACUCUCAAUGAUGGCAUACAUGUACUAUGUUGUAUGUAAUUUGAUUCCUAUGCACUUUAUUCACUGUGUAUUUCAUUUUCUAGGGGAAUUGUUUCAUAUUUCUGGCAUCAUCGAAGCGCUUUCGUCAACGGGUUAA